UUUUUUUUUUAAAGAAGCUAUGGGAGCAGACAUGGCUUUAGUUAGAUCAUGCUGAGCGCUGUGCUCCAAGUGGGCUUUGUGUUUUGGAGUUAGCAGGUUUGCUUUUCAGAGAGCUGUCUGGCCUCAGUGCAAAGAGAGGACUGAAUGGGGCAAGGCUGGAGGCAGAGAAGAGCGGAAAGGAGGUCCUGGCUGCUCGGCCAGCAGAUAGCCUUUCUCAGCAUCGGCCUCUCCCGACUUUACUUGGCCGGCGCCUCGCUCUCGGGAUCUCCCUCCCCCUCCUCCCCGAGGGCCCUGGGCGGAGAGGCGAGGCCAGGCGAGGCGAGGCGAGGGUGGCCCUGCCUGGGUGGUCUCCGGCUCUACCCCCCGCGGCGCCGUUGCCUAGCAGCAGACCCGGGCCGCGCGGAUCUGGGUAAUUUGCGGGCCCCGCAGCCAAUGGGAGAGCGUCGCCCCUGCCCGCUCCCUUUUUCUGGGGCUACAGACGCUCGCCCGGCACUGCGCUCCCACCUCGAGCCGCGCGAGCGCCCAGGGCUGCCGGCUCCGCGGGACUCACUCCGGCCGCGGCCCCCGGUCACUGCCCCCGCGGCGCGCCCGCCCCCGACCCUCUCCCGAGCGGUCCCGCUGAAUCCCCACGCGGCCCCGCGGUACAGGGGGACCAGACCAGCCUAUGGGGGCUCCCAGAUAACGCGGGCUGGGGGCGCCCAGCCCCCCCACUCCCGCCAGCAUGGCUCGGCAGCCACCCCUCGGGGAGCUGCCUCCGGACUACACGCCCCCAGCCGCACCCGCAGCGCCCCAGCGGGCAGCCGGGUGAGCCGGGAGCUGCAGUACACCAAGGAGAAGCUGGGCGAGGAGGCCGCCUACACCUCCCAGAUGCUGAUCCAGACCCCGCGCCGCGAGGGGGAGGACGUCCUCACGCCCGCGGCGCUGCGCCUGCACCUCCAGGCCGCCCUCGCCGCCAGCAAAGUGCAGGUGUCCCUCUUCGGGAAGUCCUGGGAUCUGAACAAAAUCUGCUACAAGUCAGGGGUUCCCCUCAUUGAGAACGGGAUGAUCGAGCGGAUGAUUGAGAAGCUGUUCCCGUGCGUCAUCCUCACCCCCCUCGACUGCUUCUGGGAGGGAGCCAAGCUCCAAGGGGGCUCUGCCUACCUGCCCGGCCGCCCCGACAUCCAAUGGACCAACCUGGACCCCGAGCAGCUGCUGGAGGAGCUGGGCCCCUUCGCCUCCCUCGAGGGCUUCCGGGAGCUGCUGGCCAAGGCCCAGGUGGGCCAGGCCUACGUGGGGCGGCCCUGUCUGAACCCCGACGACCCCCACUGCCCGCCCAGCGCUCCCAACUACCACAGCAGGCAGGCUCCCCCUGUGGCCCAGGAGCUGAGCGGCGGCUGCCACGGGUUCUCCCACAAGUUCAUGCACUGGCAGGAGGAGCUGCUGCUGGGAGGCACGGCCAGGGCCCCCCAAGGACAGCUGCUGAGGGCCGAGGCCCUGCAGAGCACCUUCCUGCUGAUGAGCCCCCGCCAGCUGUACGAGCACUUCCGGGGCGACUACCAGACGCACGACAUCGGCUGGAGCGAGGAGCAGGCGGGCACCGUGCUGCAGGCCUGGCAGCGGCGCUUCGUGCAGCUGGCCCAGGAGGCGCUGCCUGAGAACGCGUCCCAGCAGAUCCACGCCUUCUCCUCCACCACCCUGGACGACAUCCUGCACGCCUUCUCCGAAGUCAGCGCCGCCCGCGUGGCGGGAGGCUACCUGCUCAUGCUGGCCUACGCCUGCGUGACCAUGCUGCGGUGGGACUGUGCGCAGUCGCAGGGCGCCGUGGGCCUCGCCGGGGUGCUGCUGGUGGCCCUGGCCGUGGCCUCCGGCCUCGGGCUCUGCGCCCUGCUGGGCAUCGCCUUCAACGCCGCCACCACCCAGGUGCUGCCCUUCCUGGCGCUGGGCAUCGGCGUGGACGACAUAUUCCUGCUGGCACACGCCUUCGCGGAGGCCCCGCCCGGCACCCCGCUCCAGGAGCGCAUGGGCGAGUGUCUGCUCCGCGCAGGCCCCAGCGUCGCACUCACCUCCAUCAACAACAUGGUGGCCUUCUUCAUGGCCGCCCUGGUGCCCAUCCCCGCGCUGCGGGCCUUCUCCCUGCAGGCGGCCGUCGUGGUCGCAUGCAACUUUGCCGCCGUGAUGCUGGUCUUCCCAGCCAUCCUCAGCCUGGACCUGCACCGGCGCCACUGCCAGCGCCUCGACGUGCUCUGCUGCUUCUCGAGCCCCUGCUCCGCGCGGGUGAUCCAGAUUCUGCCCCAGGAGCUGGCGGACAGGAUGGUCCCAGUGGGCAUUGCCCACCUGACCGCCACCGUCCACGCCUUCGCCCACUGUGAGGCCGGCAGCCAGCACGUGGUCACCAGCCUGCCUCCCCAAGCCCACCUGGUGCCUGCGCCUUCCGACCCGCUGAGCGCUGAGCUGUUCAGCCCGGGAGGGUCCACACGGGACCUCCUGGGCCAGGAGGAGGGGACAGGGCAGAAGGCGGCCUACAGGUCUCUGCCCUGUGCCCGCUGGACUCUUGCCCACUUUGCCCGCCAUCGGUUUGCACCCUUGCUGCUCCAGUCACAGGCCAAGGCUGCGGUGCUGGUCCUCUUUGGGGCUCUCCUGGGCCUGAGCCUGUACGGAGCGACCCUGGUGCAGGACGGGCUGGCCCUGACCGACGUGGUGCCCCGGGGCACCAAGGAGCACGCCUUCCUGAGCACCCAGCUCAGGUACUUCUCCCUGUACGAGGUGGCCCUGGUGACCCAGGGAGGCUUCGACUACGCCCACUCCCAACGCGCCCUCUUUGGUCUGCACCAGCGCUUCAGCUCCCUCAAGGCCGUGCUGCCCCCGCCCGCCGCCCAGGCGCCGCGCACCUGGCUGCACUAUUACCGCGACUGGCUGCAGGGCAUCCAGGCUGCGUUUGACCAGGACUGGGCUUCUGGCCGCAUCACCCGCCACUCGUACCGCAACGGCUCCGAGGACGGGGCGCUGGCCUACAAGCUGCUGGUCCAGACGGGGGACGCCCGGGAGCCUCUGGACUUCAGCCAGCUGGGCGCCAGGAGGCUGGUGGACGAGGAGGGGCUGAUCCCGCCCGAGCUCUUCUACGUGGGGCUGACCGUGUGGGCGAGCAGCGACCCCCUGGGCCUGGCCGCCUCGCAGGCCAACUUCUACCCCCCGCCCCCCGAGUGGCUGCACGACAAGUACGACACCACCGGGGAGAACCUGCGCAUCCCGGCGGCCCAGCCCCUGGAGUUUGCCCAGUUCCCCUUCCUGCUGCGCGGCCUCCAGAAGACGGAGGACUUCGUGGAGGCGAUCGAGGGAGCCCGGGCAGCGUGCGCCGAGGCGGGCCGGGCCGGGGUGCGCGCCUACCCCAGCGGCUCUCCCUUCCUCUUCUGGGAGCAGUACCUGGGCCUGCGGCGCUGCUUCCUGCUGGCCGUCUGCAUCCUGCUGGUGUGCACCUUCCUCGUCUGUGCCCUGCUGCUGCUCAACCCCUGGACCGCCGGCCUCAUCGUGCUGGUCCUGGCGGUGAUGACCGUGGAGCUCUUCGGCAUCAUGGGCUUCCUGGGCAUCAAGCUGAGCGCCAUCCCCGUGGUGAUCCUCGUGGCCUCCGUGGGCAUCGGUGUGGAGUUCACGGUCCACGUGGCUCUGGGCUUCCUGGCCACCCAGGGCAGCCGGAACCUGCGGGCCGCCCGGGCCCUGGAGCACACGUUUGCCCCCGUGACCGACGGGGCCGUCUCCACGUUGCUGGGUCUGCUCAUGCUUGCCGGUUCCAACUUCGACUUCAUCGUAAGGUACUUCUUCGUGGUGCUGACGGUGCUCACGCUCCUGGGCCUCCUCCAUGGGCUGGUGCUGCUGCCUGUGCUGCUGUCCAUCCUGGGCCCCCCACCCGAGGUGGUCCAGCUGUACAAGGAGAGCCCCCAGGCCCGGAAUCCCCCCGCCCCCCGAGCAGGAGGGCUGAGGUGGGGGCCGUCGCCCGCCCUGCCCCAGAGCUUCGCCAGAGUGACGACCUCCAUGACCGUGGCCCUGCACCCACCCCCUCUGCCUGGCGCCUACAUCCACCCCGGCUCUGAUGACCCUCCCUGGCCCCCGGCCGCCACUCCAGCUGCCGGCGGCUCCAGCACCCUCCCCGCCAGGGGACCGUGUGCGGCCACAGAGUGAACGCGCAGCUGACUGGGCCAAGUGAAGUCACUGGAAAGCAGUGGGUGGUUCCUGAGUGCGGGGCGGGCUCCCGCAGAGCCUGCUGCUGCUGCUGCUGCUGCCCGCCCGCCCCCCUCCCGACUCCGCCAUCACAGCCCUCCCUGAUGUCUGAACAGAACCAGCACCCUCAGGGCUGGGAGCAGCCUUCCACUCUGGGUCCUGUGUGCCUGUCCCUCUGUCCAGGCAGGAGUAAAACCAGCACCCCACCCUGCGGCCCCCAGCAGACCAGCCUGAGGGGCCCUCCAGCCCCCUUUGCCAGCCCUGGCCCCCACUGCCUGUGACUCCUGGGUAGGCUCUCUGUAUCCCUGCCUACCUCCUACCACAUAAAUUAUUUAUAUGAAGAUGUUUAUUUUUGUACUUUGUACAGAUGUUAGCUAUGCUGAAAGGUUUAUUUUUAAAGAGUGAAAUAUAUUCUAUGUGAACUCA